UCUCUCUCUUAUCCUGUACAUCUCCUCUCUCUCUCUCUCUCUCUCUCUCUCUCUCUCUCUCUCUUCGUGGGCGUGGGGGGCGAUCGUACGGAUGUCGAUCGCGCUAGAGAGGAGGGCGCGGAUCGGAGGGUCGGGGUUCGCCCAGGGGCUCGCGCGCUUCCCGAUCUACGACGCGGCGGCGGCGGCGGCGGGGGCGCCGGCGCCUCCGCCGAGGCGGAGCUCGCCGGAGGAGGAGGCGGCGGCGGCGGAGUGGAGCUCGUCGUCGAUCGGGAGGAACAGUGAUAUCUCGGCGGCGGCGGAGGAGGGGGAGGCGGAGGGGGAGGAGGCGGAGGUGCAGAGCUCGUACAAGGGCCCCCUCGAUGCGUUGGACGCGUUGGAGGAGUCGCUCCCGAUUAGGCGCGGCAUCUCCAAGUUCUACUGCGGCAAAUCGAAAUCGUUUACGGUGCUCACGGAUGCUCCAUCCUCAUCUACCUCCGCAGAGGGCCUGGCCAAGCCAGAAAACGCCUACACAAGGAAGCGAAAGAACCUCCUCGCCUUCAGUAUUAUGUGCAACAAACCACAGUACGAAGAAUCAAUGACCACAGAAGGUAGUGUCGCAAAACGAGCCGCGAGUUCCAGCAGAAGCCCUUUCUCCCCUCUCGCUAGAAGCUCUUCCGGCAUGAGCAGCAGCUACAGCAACGAAGAGGAGCACGAACAAAACCUGCAGCAACUCCCGCCCCUUCACCCGAACGGAAGAGCCUCUGCUACUACUACAACUUUUGCUUCUCCGAUCGCUUCCUCGCCAUCCGAAACACCGUCCUUUCCCUUGAGGUCAUUCUCGCUGAACGAUCUUCGCGGUGUGGUUAGUUCGAGUUCGUCGAUUCACCCGAGGGUUAAGCACAAGAGUGAUUAGCAUCUCGAAGCCUCUGUUCUUUUCUUCUUUUUUUUCUUUUUUUUUUUCCCCUCUUUUCGGUAUCCUGUUAGCUAUGUCCAUUUUUUGGUUCUACUAUGUUAGAAAUCGGUGAGUCGAUGGAGGAAAAUGGUGUUUGUAAAGAUAUGAGUCAGUUGAAAUAUAUCUACAUACUCAAAAAAGGAAAAGGAAAAAAAAAGAAGAACAAAAAGGGAAAUUGUAAUAUAUAUGUAGAUUUAGUUACUUGGCAUGAAUUGUCUAACACUUUGCUGGUGAUUUAUGAGAUUGUUUUGAAUUCUUUUA